GCAUCUUCCAUAGUUUAGUCUGACACAUCGUGAAAACUAGCCGGCAAGCCCACACGCGAUGCAGGUGAUGUGAACGCGGUCGUGGGUCGCUCCAUGUGCUGCCGACUGGAGCUCAGCGACGGGCCUCUUUGGCUCCGCUUCCAUCUGCCUUCAGCCUGACUCGGCUCUGCGCAGUCGACCGUCAGCAGCGCCACUGGGUGCGGGGAUAUCCCGAUGAGAGCGGUGACGGCUCGGGGUGGAGAAUUCAGACCAGAGUUGGCUACAAUGUCAUCCAUCAUGAGGUGAAGCAGUUACCUCCUUACCGAUCAGACAAAGACACAAGACUCAGAUGAGGCUGCCAUGUGCCACACUCACAGUCGAAGCAGACAAAAACCCAAACUCGGCAGCUUUUAUCAACUCUCUACCCUCUGACUGAGGACCCCUUCAGUGAGCUUCAGCCCAUCAUUGCUCAUCAUAGCAGCCUCACCAGCUCACAGCAGUGUGGACUUUAUCGCCUGUUCAUUCACAAAUGUCUACCUCACGAUUAAAAGACCCCUUCCCAACACCACAGCGCUGAACAGGAUACAACAUGACAUCAAGCAUUGACCGGGAUGACAGCAGUAUCUUUGAUGGCUUAAUGGAAGAAAAUGAAAAAGGCAAAGCAAAACGCGAAUCCCGUAAUAAGUCUGAGAAGAAGCGCAGAGACCAGUUCAAUGUCCUCAUCAAGGAGCUCGGCACAAUGUUGCCAGGAAAUACCCGAAAAAUGGACAAGUCCACUAUUCUGCAGAAGAGCAUAGACUUUCUCCAUAAACAUAAGGAAAUCGCAGCGCAGUCGGAGUCGACUGAGAUCAGGCAGGACUGGAAGCCUCCUUUUCUUAGUAAUGAAGAGUUCACUCAGCUGAUGUUGGAGGCUUUGGAUGGAUUUUUCCUUGUAAUUCAGACUGAUGGAACCAUUAUAUAUGUCUCAGAGAGUGUGACUUCAUUACUGGAACAUUUACCUUGUGAUCUUGUGGAGCAGAACCUAUUGGACUUCUUGCCUGUAGGGGAACAUACAGAUGUGUACAAAGCUUUGUCAUCUCAUAUCACGGAUGGAGAGACGCUGACGCCAGAAUAUCUUAAAACAAAAAAUCAGAUCGAGUUCUGUUGCCACAUGCUCCGAGGAACUAUCGACCCAAAGGAGCCUUCUGUGUACGAAUAUGUUAAGUUUAUUGGAAACUUUAAGUCCCUGAAUAAUGUGCCUAACUGUACCCGAAAUGGUUUCGACGGAUUGAUCCAGCGAUCAUUUCACUCUGCCUUUGAAAACAGAGUCUGCCUAAUAGCUACUGUGAGGCUCGCCAAACCACAGUUUAUCAAGGAGAUGUGCACUGUAGAAGAGCCAAAUGAGGAAUUUACCUCCAGGCAUAGUUUAGAGUGGAAAUUCCUCUUCUUGGAUCACAGAGCCCCGCCCAUUAUAGGUUACCUCCCAUUUGAGGUCCUGGGAACGUCAGGAUACGACUAUUACCAUGUAGACGACCUGGAAACACUGGCAAAAUGCCACGAACAUCUGAUGCAGUAUGGCAAAGGAAAGUCCUGCUACUACAGAUUCUUAACCAAAGGGCAGCAGUGGAUUUGGCUUCAGACCCAAUACUACAUCACGUACCAUCAGUGGAACUCCAGACCAGAGUUUAUUGUCUGUACACACACUGUUGUAAGUUACGCAGAAGUAAGAGCAGAGCAACGCAGAGAGCUUGGAAUUGAAGAAUCACCUCCCGAGGUCACAGCAGACCUGAAGUCACAAGACUCGGAAUCUGAAUCUCAGCUCAACACUCCGAGCCUGAAGGAAGCUCUAGACCGCCUCAACCACAGCAGGACGCCCUCAGCCUCGUCUCACAGCUCACGCAAGUCCUCACACACUGCUGUUUCUGAUCCAGCCUCAUCACAGAUGAAGCUUCAGGGAGACAGAAGUACACCAGGUCGUCAGUCUGUCUCAGUCAUGGACAUGACACCACAACGAAGAUCAUCUGUUAGCAGUCAGCAGUCAAUGAGCUCCCAAAAUACUGGACAAACCAUGGCUCCAUCCCUGGUUUCACAGCAGCAGUCUCAACAGCAGCAAGUACAGACUAGCAGCCAAUCAAUGGUGCAGUUCUCCAACCAACUUGAAGCCAUGCAGCACCUGAAAGACCAGCUGGAGCAGAGGACCAGGAUGAUUGAAGCCAACAUCCAGCGGCAGCAGGACGAGCUACGGCAGAUCCAGGACGAGCUACAGAGGGUACAGGGACAGAACCUACAGGUGAAUUCUUCAGGAAUGUGUGGACAAUUGAUGUUCCUGCAGAAAGGAACUGGAGGAUUAAACCUGGGCUCUGUUCAGAUGGCCCAGGGGAACGCUGUACAGCAGGGGGGUGCACUGAACAUGCAGGGCCAGGUGGUGUCUGCAGGGCCUCUACAGAACAGCGUACUACAACAACAUGCUGUCCAGCCUCAACCUCAGCACCAAGCCCUCUCACAGCCCCAACAAAAUUCACUUCCUGCAUCUCUCUACAACACGAUGAUGAUCCCUCAGCAAAGUCCUGCUAAUGUGGUUCAGAUUGCUACGAGCCUGGCUCAGAAUACAGGACCCAACGCUCCAGCUAUAGCUACAUUUGCACAGGAUCGUGGAGCUCAGAUCAGGUUUCCCACAGCUCCUCAGCUUCUCACUAAGCUAGUGGCUGGACCGAUGGCAUGUCAGGCAGUCAUGGUCCCUACAACAAUGUUUAUGGGCCAAGUGGUGACGGCCUUUGCUCCUCAGCAGGGCCAAACCCAGACUAUUAGCAUCUCCCAGCAGCCAUCAACGCAGCAGGAGCAGCAGCAGCAGCAAGUACAACCACGAACGCCAAUUGCAGCCAUGCAGCCAGGACAGGCUACGCUGAGCCAGCAGCAAACACAGUUCCUGCAGGCUCCUCGGCUUCUUCAUGGGAACCAGUCAACCCAGUUGAUCCUGCAGGCGUUCCCCUUGCAGCAGCAGGGUACCUUCGCUGCCACGACCCAACAUCCGCAGCAGAAGCAGUUACAACAGCAGAAACAUCAACAACUUCAACAACAGCAGCAACAACAACUGGCCACUCACAGAGCAGACAGCUUGUCUGACCGCUCUGCUACACAACCACAGUAGCUAGAUGAAGUAAGCUAAACCUAUGCGUGGGUGUUUGGUGACGAAGGCUUGAAGAGGGGGGCUCAGCUCAACGUGCAGUCGUAAGGCCCUGACUCGAACGGGGUCUGCAUGGGCAGGCGGUGGCUACUCUCCCAUCACAAGGUCUUUUGCUGUUUGCACUUAACUACUGAGCACAGCCCUGAGUGCCGCACAUAACCCAGGACUGGGCUCGCUGUGGCUCUGGCAGUCCGCUUUGGCGCAGCUUGGUCGAAGCCUUUUCUCCUUCAAACAGGGCAGAACUAGUCCUGUAGUGGACUUUCCUUCACACCCCUUGUGUAUGUGUGCGCGCGUGUGUGUGUUUGUGCGUGUGUGUGUCACCUUCACAGAAUUAUUUCAAUCAGAGUUAAUGCAUUGAAGUUUUUAUCAGAGCUUCACUGACAUGCAGAACAGCCAGAGGCUUUUAAUUUUUUCCUAUUUUUUUGUUUUUCAUGUAAAAAUUACGAUGGGUCAGAAAAUAUUUUUAAGAACGUGGUAUAGAUUGAAUUUUAUUGUACAGAACAUUGUGUAAUAUAUAUUGUAAAUAUAUCAAAAGAAAAGGACUAUUAUUUUAUAUGACGCAUGAAAUGAAAUUGCAUAGUCUGAUAUUUGCAGCUUUAUGCUUUUUCUAGUACUCUAAGAAAAAAGAUCUGAAGAUGCUGAGUGGUUCAUUUUUUCAGGCGUCCUUUCUCCUCGGGGAUGUUUGUGUCUGCAUAGCAGACGGUGUUGACGUUGCUUGUUGUGUCACAGUUAGUUUAAGUCUUGACCCAUAUUUUUACACUUUUGUAAAAAAAAUUAAACAAAUGUUAGAUAUGUUGGAUGAGCUUCAAAUCCACACUCUAAAGAUUAACAUUAUGAGGACCGUUCCAAGAUAAAACUAUGGAAGACAGUUUUUGGUAUUCCUUAACUUUUAACACUUAUAAACAUCUUAUAAACAUUUAUCCCUUAAAAUAUAUUGAUAAAAAAUAAAUCGAGUUGGUUUACUGUUGGAGCUUUUUAUUCCACACAGAGGUCUCCUUUUAUCUCUGGGCUGCUUAUGUUGUCUGGAACAGCAAAGGCACUCACUCCAGUAAAGAGGACCAUCUUUACUUGUUACUAACAAGUGCUGAGUGGUCAUUAAGAUAGAAAUGCAUUAAGCUUAAUCACCACUCUUUCAUCAUAAUCAUUAAUGUUGAUAUAAUAGGAAAUGCCAAGGCUGGAACAUCAGAGCGCUAAGCUUAAAGCUGCUAAGAUGCUCCUCAGAGCUUAGAGGAGCGACUUUGUUGGGUGAAAAUUCUGUUCAUCUUUCUGAUUGUUCUCCUACGCAUUCUAGCAGGCUUGCCUGGCAGCCUCCUCACCAUCUGAUCCACUCCCAGAUGGCAUCGAGCUGAUAGCUCAGCCUAUGCUGCAGCCGUGAAGUGACGGGCCCAGCUCCUCACAUAGCUCUGGAGAAAUAUAUGCAACCUUUGGCUCAAGGUGUGUGUAGUACUGUUAAACCAUGCACCCUUCAAGUACAGUUAGUGGGUAGAGUGAGAAUUUAUUAAAGCCUGCCUUUGACCUCCAUAUUCUUUUUUUUCUGUAAAAACAUUGAAGCUUUUUACAGCCAGAGUGGAUCUUUUUUUUAAUUUAGUCUCAUUUCAGGCUCUGUGCAAAACGAACCUGGACCCUUAACACAACUGUUCUUUGCUUUGCUCUACACCAGAGUCAGUUGUAGUGCCUCAACACAUAUAAGAGCUUAACACUUUUCAUGUUGCACAAACAUGAAGGAAAUCGAUAUUGAAGUGAGGUAAGAGCAGUGCAAUAUAUCUAAGAGAAUGUAAUUAAAGAUCAUUAACACAAUUAACUUGCACAUGGCUUUAUGAUGGGCAAAUAUAAAACAUCUAAAUCAAAGUUUCAGCUCCAAGCUAUGCAUCUAAACUAACUGUGACAUGACAAAGACUGAACCGUUUCCCUUACAAUGAGCUGGUUACUUGUAUGGUCGUGCAAAGACCUAAUAUCAAAUUUCUGGGAUGUUUUCCCUGUGACAAGCUUUCAACCCAGCGUUGACACCCAAUCUCCAGUCCAGUGAUUAUCCUCCAUUUUGGAAAAUGACAGACUUAUUCUUUUUAUUUAAUGCAUAAAUACAAAACAGCAACAGUGUUUCCAAUUUCUAAGUUGCUGUAUGACUCAAGUCAUUUCCCAAAAGGGAAAAUGUUCAUCCAAAGAGAGGGAGAAUUCGGAAGACAGGCCCUGACUGGAAGGACAGUGCAUUUAGUUCAAUGUUGUGUAGUUCUGCUGUACACACUAGAAACUCUGAAUGUCUAUCAUUCUCUCCCUGCUUUUGUUUGUGUGCUGUUAUGUUUGGCUCAUCAAAUUCGCUUCAGCACAUUUGGCAAACAGCAUCAAAAUGCUGCUAUUAAAGGCAUGCAAAUUAAAUACCACACAUACUUCUCAUAACCGGUGAUGUCAGAGCCUGACAAUGACGGAUUCAGGUGUGGCUAGAAGUUUAAGAUGUGCAGAGUAUUUGGCGGUCGCUGCUUCAAUUAAGGUUCAUAAGUAAUGUAAUAAGUAAUAACUAAUGGCUUUAUCAGUUUUAUCAGUUAUCAGUGUAAAAGGAUUCAACUAAUGCUUCAGAAUCAGUUCUAGUGCACUCGUAACAGUGUAUAGACUCUGUGUGCAAGCUGCACAAGGCAUUUGUUGCAUAAUAGUGGAAAAACUGUAUUGUGGCCACAAACAAAACCUUAUGUCUGAAGUUUGGCCAGUGAUCUUGGUGGGCAAAUUAAAUUCUGUACGCUGUCUCAUUCACCUUAAGGUGUGUGUGUGUGUGUGUGUGUGUGUGUGUGUGUGUGUGUGUGUGUGUGUGUGUGUGUGUGUGUGUGUGUGUGUGUGUGUGUGUGUGUGUGUGUGUGUGUGUGUGUGUGUGUGUGUGUGUGUGUGUGUGUGUGUGUGUGUGUGUGUACAUCUGAUCGCGUGCUGCAGAUGGACGGGUGGGCUCAGUGUAUGUGUCAAAAUAACAUAGCAUACAUACAUGUACGUAUACAGACUGGUUUUAAUACUUGAAUAGUGUUUCAACAUGAUAAAGUUGAGUCAUUCAGUCAGAUCUGAUCAGGAAGCGAUGCAAAAAUGGUCUUUGUGCAGAGAACCGAAACUAUACGCAGUUGAAUGAAUGACAGAUCUUGUAAUGUUGUGAACGAAUUGUAAAUAAUUGUAAUUUUCCAAUUUGAAAACUGAGUCAACGCAAACGAGAAAAACUUUAAAACAUCAAUAGCUCGUAAAGGUCUAUCUAACUGCAGACAAAAGGACAUAUGUCCAUAGCUACUGUUUCCUUGCUUUGUGUCAUAAUCCAUUUAUUACGUUCAGAGUUAAUUCUACACAUUAAGACGCCCAGUUCAUGUUCCCCUGAUGAACAGCGUCCUCUACUGCCACCUGCUGCUCAGUCUGACCUAGCACCAUUUCAGUCUGUUUUCAAGCUUUGACCAGAAUUAUUUUUGCUUUAUCGUACACUUGUCACACUAUAUUAAAUAUGUCCCUGUGGGUGGUUUUGCCUUAAAAAACGACCCCCUGCUGUGCUGAUCAUUACAGCCUCAUAUCUGAAAAUGUGCUGCAUCACAAUUUCUUGAGCCAAACAUUUGAUAAAUUUCAACAUAACAUUUUCAGGCAAAUGUAUAAAAUGUUUCCUUCCCUUCCAUUUGGAAAUAAAUCAGUCUGAAAUGUC